AAAUAUCUGCGGAGCUUCGUCAGAGCGGCCCAAUAAACAGCCAUGAGGAGGCUUCCCGCGCCAAUUUCGAAUCGCAACCCCUCCGUGUGCCAUCACAAACACCUCACUCUUCAUGGAUCCUCCACUACCCGCCACAAAACUUUCCCUCCCUCCGCGGCUUCGAAGCGUGACUUCAAAGAAGGCAGCUCCCAUUGGAAGGCAAUACUCUCCCAUCUCCUUGGAAACAAUGACAUCGAUGGAGCCCGUCAUGUUUUCUCGAGAAUCUCGUCUCCCGACGUCCAUCUCUACACCAUGAUGAUCACUGGCUACGCACGAAUCAAACGCAUUGACCAGGCUUUUCAACUUUUCAAUGAGAUGCCGGCCCGAGAUGCAGCCUCCUGGAAUUCUAUGAUCAAGGCCUGCCUGGACUGUGGAGAUCUGCAUCUUGCUGAAAAGCUCUUUGAUGAAAUGCCCGAGCGAAAUGUGAUCUCUUGGACUACUAUCAUAAAUGGGCUCGCACAGGUUGGUCGAAUUGAUGCUGCGGAGGGAUUGUUCUGGAGGAUGCCUCAGAGGGACACCGCUGCAUGGAAUUCUAUGAUAUCGGGGUACUGCAGCAACGGUAGAGUUAUGGAUGCUCGCUUGUUAUUUGAGAAAAUGCCGUGCCCCAAUGUGAUCUCUUGGACUGCGAUGAUUGGGGGAUAUGAUCAGAAUGGGGAGAGCAACGAAGCACUGCACCUUUUUGAACAAAUGUGGGCUUCAGGGAUAAAGCCCACAUCAAGCACGUAUGCCUGUGCACUGACAGCAUGUGCCAAUGGGCUAGAUUUAGGGCUGGGUACUCAGCUUCAUGCUUAUAUUUCAAAAGUGGGCUAUCUUUCAGAUACGUUUGUUUCCACUUCUCUUCUUACCCUGUAUGCCAACUGCAAGCAGAUUGAGAACUCUACCAAAUUAUUUCAUGAAAAUGGGGACAGGAAUUUGGUCUCAUGGACAGCUCUCAUAACCGCUUAUGGUUUGAAUGGUAGGCAUGAGGAUGCAUUGGAUGAGUUCAACAGAAUGGUUCUUUCUGGGAUCAGGCCGAACCAAUCCACAUUCACCAGUGCAUUGAACUCAUGCAGUGGACUAGAAUCCCUUGAUCAAGGUAGGAAGAUUCAUGGGAAUGCAAUUAAGCUAGGAUUAGAUAUUGAUGUGUUCGUGGGGAAUUCUCUCAUUGUAUUAUACUCAAAAUGCGGGGACAUAGAUAACAGCUUAAUGGUAUUUAACAACAUGAGGAGGAGGAACCUUGUGUCAUGGAACUCUAUCAUAGUUGGUUGUGCACAAAAUGGCUAUGCAUUGUGGGCCCUAAAGCUUUUUGGUGACAUGAAAUCGAGCCUUGAACAACCUGAUGAGAUUACAUAUGUUGGGCUGCUGACUGCUUGUAGCCAUUCUAGGAUGAUUGAGAGGGGAAGACAAAUUUUCCAACAAUUAAAAGAGGACCUUUUGGUUGAUGUGAAGCUUGAGCACUAUGCUUCCAUGGUUGAUGUUUUGGGUCGAUGCGGAAACUUGGAGGAAGCUGAAGAUUUCAUAAGUAGCAUGCCUAUGAAACCAAAUGUUGCAGUUUGGCUGGUUUUGCUUAGCGCCUGUAGAGUGCAUACUAACUUAGAAGUUGCUCGAAGAGCUUCGCAGAAGAUCUUUGAUCUGGACCCAUAUAAUAGUGCAGCUUAUGUUUUACUGUCCAACAUAUAUGCUUCUGCUGGUAAGUGGAAUGAUGUCUCCCAAACUAGAGUGAUGAUGAGGAUUCGAGGAAUCAUGAAGAUACCAGGUUAUAGCUGGAUUACACUAAAGGACUCGAGGCAUGAAUUUGUUUGUGGAGAUAGGUCUCACCCAAUGACCAAAGAGAUAUACAAAAAACUGGAUUGGCUGGGAGGGAAACUAAAGGAGCAUGGAUAUGUUUAUGAUAGGAGUUUUGCAUUACAUGACGUGGAUGAUGAACAGAAGGAGGCCGUGUUGACAUACCACAGCGAGAAGCUUGCUAUUGCCUUUGCGCUGCUUAGUACUGUAGAAGGCAGCACGAUUCGCAUUAUGAAGAACCUCCGGGUUUGUGGUGAUUGUCACUCUGCCAUAAAAGUCAUAUCAAAGAUUGUGGGACGUGAGAUUGUCUUGAGGGAUUCAAGUCGCUUUCACCACUUCAGGGAAGGUUUUUGUUCAUGUGGAGAUUGCUGGUGAUUGUUUGUGGCUUGUGGUUAAUGGCAAAGGUCCUAAAUCAUAUGAGUGGUGUGAAGAUGCACAAUGAAAAUAGCAAGGACAAAUAGAACAGCGAUAACAAGAGAUAUCCCAUCAAAAUGAUCUUGGCAAGAAGCAAAGAUGUGCAUGAUUUGAACUAGGUACCAGGAGCAAAAAGAAUUGGAAAAAGGUCCAAGACUGCUGAACUUGGAAUCUGUGUGACAUGGAAAGAAUAGAAAUGAGCAGCAACUAGCAAUAUUUCAAACUGCGGGCUAUUAUAAAUUACUUGGGAAGUCAAUUGAUUGGAAGAAACUUCCAAAACAAAGUGGUUUGCAAGUAGUCAUUCUAUGCGAAAGAGACUGUCACAACAUUAUAAAGAGGUGGCCCCAUGAUUGGCUUUAUUUUCAUAGAGAAAGCGGGCAAGGUGUUGGACUUGAUGGUCUUGAAUAGUUCCUGGUUGGUUGAUGUCACCCGAGAAACAUACCAUUACUUAAUAGUUUGAUCCUGCACCAGCUGUUUGCCUCAAAAAAAGAUCCUGCACCAGCUGCUUCUGUGGGUGAAACGAGGAUCACCUGAGUGAAAGAUAUGGGCAGCAACUCCAGGGAGUCACAUUUAUUGAGAUUAGUUUAAAUGAAUCUUUUAUGAGAUUCUACUAUACUUAUUUUUUACUAUUCUUUAUUAUGACUCUCUCUCACUCCCCGCUUCCUACGAGAAAUUAUGAACAAAAGUUAUAUGGAACGGGCACCAUAGAAAGAAAUGAGGUGGGGCUCUUUUUUUGAUACAUUUUCUCUUGCACCUAUAUUAAAGCAAAAAUCUAAAAGGGAUAAGAGAAUUUCUACUAACAGAGUCUGUUUGUUCCUAAUUAAAGAAAAAAAAUACAAAAGGAAAGAAAAUUGCACACGUCAAGAGAGACCAUUCGCAAAGAAAAAAUCACCGCAUUCUCUUUUUUCCUCUUCAACCCUCUCAUUUCAUCCUCUUUCUCAUCAAAUCGUCUUUCCCAUCGACGAGGGUCUUCUUCUCCUCCCGAGUUUCUUUCUUCUUUUUUUUGGAAACUGUGUAUCAGUUUACCUAAAUGUGUGUAUUAGAAUGCCGGAUAACUAUUUUACUAGGUAUGUAUCACCUAUUCAUGCAGUGUGUAUUCAUGAAUUUCAUAUUCUGAAACUAUGUGCUAAUUUACCUAAAGGUGUUGUGUAUUGGGUUGCUGCUAGAUGUGUAUCAGAAAAGCUUAUAAUAUGUAUCAGAAAGCCGACAAGUAUGUAUAUGCCAUAUAGUGUGUAUCGAUGAGCAUCAUUUUUUGAACUGUGUAUUGAUUUAUCUGGAGGUGUAUAUUGGGAUAUUGAAUGAUUAUAUUGCUAGGUGUAUAUUGAUUAGCCAUAUAGUAUGUAUCAGUGAACAUCAUAUUCUGAAAGCUAUAUAUCAAUUUAUCUAGAGGUAUGUAUUGGGUUGCUACUAGAUGUAUAUCAAAGAAGCUUAUGGUAUCACUUGAAGAGGCAAAAAGAGGAUGAGACAGUCUUUCUUCGUGCAUGGUCUCUCUUGACAUGUGAAUUAUUCUUAUUAUUUUAAGUUAUGGAAUUGACGGCUCUAUUGGUAGGAGAA